CACGUCUUAAUCCGUUUUGCUGCAAGUUUGUGUGGGACUCGUGCGCACAUAUUGCAGCCAUUGCACGGUCUAUUCACAUGACUUAGAAUCACUAUGAUUCAAUCAGAUUCAUCUCAUCUACAACCUUCUCCACCACGAACGUUCUUCUGUUGUUGGGACUGGUGUAGACUCACCUUCUCAACCGUUGACGAGCUUGCUUCUCAUGUCAGACAUGAUCAUAUCUGGGAACUUCAGCCAAUGAGCAAAAAGGAAAUUAUGCGCAUGAGAAAGCAAGAGGCAGUGGAAGCUCAAAGCAUGACUGAGUCGGGCAGCUCGGUGCCAGUGCACCUUCCCAACGGUGGAUUACAUUUAUAUCCUACGGAUCAAGGCUCGUCGGGCUCUCAGCCAUUCACCUCAUCGCCAGCACCUCCAUCGGGAAUACUGAGUCCAACCUCUUUAAUACAUCCUACCUCCCGUCAAUCAACUUCGUUUCCCCCGCAGAAGAAAACACCGCCACUGCCUGCUCCUGCGAGAGCACCCGAUCUCCCAUCUUUUGCUCAACUGUCAUCACCGGCUGACACCUCAUCUAUUGCGUUUCUUCCGCGAUCACCAGACCUCAGCACGCUCUUAUUCCACCCCAAUCUUGCAGCUCAAAUUGAUUCUUUUGAUCGGCGACGCAGUAGACUUAGCGAGAUUGCUCAGACACACGCUAAUAUGUCUCUGCAACAUUCUCGCACUGACUCAUCAAGCUCAUCGCAAGAUGCAGUAGAGCGACAGCUCAUACGGGAGGAUGCAGCGGACGUCAGUACCCAGAGCAUCCAGAUGCAAGCACCGGAGACGGUUCACAACGAUGCAGCAGAAGGUGCAGCAUUGUCUACCUCCAAGGAUCCAGCAUCCAUCGUUGCGGGCACGGUUGUGGACAUAGCUGAUGCUGAUCUCCAGUGGCCUGAAUCUGAACCUGAACACACUCCCGCUAGCCGGCCUCGGCCGCUCUCUCCGCCGGCCAAGAGUGAGGACGUUGAGCGCAUAGAACAUCGCAGCCCUCCCGUUGUGACCCAAAAUGACAGAGGAAGACACAUCCGUUCUGGCACGCUCCAUAUUUCGCCAUUGCCCAAAGGCACCGCAUUAAAGACAGCAUCUGGGCCUUCCCAAUCGUCGCAAGACUCUCAGACGACUUCUAAUUCGAGCCUUUCUCAGGAUUCUGCACAAUCCUCUUCCCUAAUACUUCAGACGCAAGCACCAUACCAGAGCCAGUCAUAUGAGCUUUCACGAAGUUGAGGUGUAUCACGUGGUUUUGUGAACAUCCUCCAUCUAAGGUAGACGUAGUGUUGUUGGCAAAACUACCGAGUUUUGCCAACCGGUUCGGCAAAACUGGUUGUGCCCGGUCCUCGGCAGAACUCAUGCAAAAGGGGGGUGGCAAAACUUGGUAGAACUCCAAGACUCGCCGAGAUGUAUUUUAGCUUUCUGAUAACAUAGUUUGAAUUCAAGAGAACAUGCAAAA